AUGGCCAAUAUCCCAGUCAUGGACCUGAGUUCCAGCCACAAGCAGUCCCUUUCCACCAUGCACAGCCCGAGGGUGGCGCCAGGCGCGAGGGUUACGACCGUAACGGCCUCGCUCACGGGGCCCAAGGCCCUUCCGAUGCGACACGUGCUGCAGCGUAUGCCCACCCUUCAGGAACAGGCGUCUACCCAGGGCCAAGGCACUUGGCAUCACGCCCUGACACACGAGACCCUGCAGACCAUUCGGGAGGUCAUAUGCAGUAUGGCGGUGGAGUGGAAGGCGGCGCAUUUGGACCUCACGGCGAGAUUCACCCGAACCAAGCAGCCCCAGCCCCAGCGGCCCCCGCAGCACGCACCAAUGCGAAUGGACGCGCACCUGCAGCGGCCUCAGCAGCAGCCCGAUCCUGCCAGGCGUGGCAGUGACGGCACGACCCCGCACCCUUCAGGGCCGCCCCCAACCGCACACGAGAGCGGGGACGCACCACCAGGACCCCAAAACCCGCACCAAUUUCACCCACCUUCCGGAACGGGCUGGGUUUCGGAUGCCUGGCCCGGUACACAACCGGCGCAGGGUGUUGUAGAGCGCGCGGAUGGCGCCGUGCCAUCCGCACUGCUGCCGGCCAACGGCGCCCCGACAGCUGCAGGUCCCCCCUCAGCAGGGGCAGCGAUGAGCUCUGCCGCGGGGGGAUCCGCAACUACCGGAAACCAGCAGCCACGGCGAUCCCGAUGGCGGGAUUGCAACGAUAGCAACACCACUAAGCCCGCAGGCGGCGGUGACCCGGGUGCUGGUGGCCGUGAGGGACACCCACCCACUGAACUCCCGUCCAACACGCCCUAUGUAAGGGCAACCUGGCCGCCAAUGUCAGAGCCGCCGCGUCAGCAGCAGCCGUACGGUCCAGGGGCGUCAGGUGCACCCAGCGGGCAGGGGAUAGCAGAAGGCAUGCCGCCAGACCAUGCUGCCGCUGGCGGGCCCAAUGAGGCUCCCCCUUGGGUCGCUGCACAGCAGUACGCGCAGCACCAGGGCUACCCUGUUCCUGACGGUCAGCAAGCGCCGCCGAUGCAGCAGCAGCAGCCGGCAGCGUACCAGCCAGCCGACGUGCACAACAACCAGCAUCCCCAUCCUCACCACUACCAGCUACAGCACCAUCAGCAUGAUCAACGUGUCCUCCCCGGCGCGUCGCUGCCAGGUCAGCGUGUCAUGCCGCCGGACCACACACCGGGAAGACCCGGUGGGGCUUACGGUCCAGGCGGCCCGCUGCCUUUCGAAGCGGCCACUGGUGCCCCCGUAGGAGCAGGCGGCGCAGCAGCGGGCCGUGGGAGUGGUGGUGGUGGUGGACCAGAAGGACAGCCGGUGAGUGGUCUGUACGGACAGCCCAGUGGCCGGCCGAUGAGCCCGCAGCGCGUUGGCUACCCACACCAGGGCGACGGCUCCAAUGGACCCGUGGGUCAUGGCGCCGUACCGCCUGGGCAUGCAGGGCUGCCGUACGGGUCUGGACCACCCGGUCAGCCGGAGACCUCGUACGGUGCUGGGCCUCAUCCUGGCGCGCCUGAGGGACCGUACGUGCAGAUCCCCAUGCAAGGCCCUUCUGGAGGCAGCGGACUUCCACACCCGCACCCUCAGCAGGGGCCCCAGCUCGAGCCCCGGGGCUACUCACAGCAGGGUUACCCAGCACCCUUCCAACCACAUGAGCAGCAACAGCAGCAACUGCCAGGCGCCGGGAACUACGCACGGGGAGAUGGCUACCGCCAAGAAGGACAUCUGCUACAGCAGCAACAGCACGACCAGGUAGCAGGGCUGGGACCUGGACCUGGGCCAGGGCCGUACCAUCAGCAGCAUGUACAGCAGCAGCAACAGCAGCAGCGGCAGCAAAAGCGCAAGUCGAGGUGGGAUAACGACCGUGCGGGCGCCGGGGAUGACGGCGCACCCAUGGCGGGGUCGUAUGACAAUACCCCAGAGGGAAAUGGGCCCUUCCGGGGUACGCGACCGGACGGGCCGCCGCCACCGCAGCAAGAACAGGAGCUACUGCCGCCAGGCCAUCCACAUGCCCCUGAGUUCGUCCUCCAGCACCCCCAACACCAGCACCAGCAGGGCCGAGGGCAGGGGAACCCGGAGCUGCACCCAAAUGGCGUGUACACCCCGGAGCAGCCGCUACAGCAAGGGCACCAGCAGCACCAAAACCAGCCACUGCAACUGCAGCGGCAGGAAUAUCCCGGGGCCCAGAGCCACCACGCGCACGCCUAUCCGGGGUACCCAGGGCCAGGCUACUCGCACCCGCAGCUGCUUCCCCCCGACCAGCAACACCAGUACCACCAGCAGCAGCAGCAAUCACAGCACCACUACCAGCAGCAGCAGCAGCCGGAAGGCCCAGCUGGAAGCGCGCAGCAGGAGGAACGCCGGCUAAAGCGAUCACGCUGGGAUCCUGACCCACCAGCAGCCACACCGGCGACAUCGUUUCCCCUGCAGGGCCCCCACGCUCCUGCGGCAGGGGGCGACGUAACCCACCUCGCGUCUCCGCUCGGCCCAGAGCAUCCGGCGGCGAGGGUCCCCGGCGGCGGCAUGACAGAGCCGGGGCGCGCAACGCAGCCUCAUGCUUCACAACAUCCGCCGUACAAUGGGGCACAGGCACAACCUCCAAACCCGCAGUACGGCGGCGGUGCACAGUACGGAGCUCCCGACCCGGCGCCGUUUGGACAGUCUGGUCAUCCCCACCAGCAGUCGUACGGGAUCCCGCCGCCGGGAGUGCCCAGCGGUACGACGGGCCAGCAGCCGCGGCAGACCGCGGCGCCGGGACCCGACAGUGACGCCGGACGCCGACCGCCGUGGGAACGACAGCUUGAGGGCGGUCCUGGCGCAGCCGGGCGAGUGGAAGCAGAGGCAGCAGGUCCCCACAGACCGGGUUUGCAAGGGCCACCAUUGCAUCCUUAUCAACAGCAACCACAGCAGCAGGGGCAACCAGACGGAGCACAGUCAGGGGCCGCGUGGGGUGAUCGACAGCAACAGCAACAGCCACAACAGCAGCAGCCGCCAUGGGCUCGCGUGCCAUGGCACGCAGGCAUCGCUGCUCCACCCAAGGAGGUCGCCUGGUCCCCGCAGUUGCAGCAGCAGCAACAGCAGCAGCAGGCAGGGAUGCUGUCAGGGCAGCCGCAGCUGAGCCCGCCGCACCCAGGCGCUAUGGAGCAGCAGCAGCAGCAACAGCAGCAACAGGCGCAGCCACAAAUGCAGUCACGCCCCCAGCAGCAGCAGCAACAGCCGCAGCCGUCUUAUUCGCCACCUUACGUGCAGGCAGGCCUGGCGGAUAGGUCCGGGGGCCAAGAGCACCAGCGACCGAACCCAACCCAGCAGCAGGCACACAGCCCGCCGUACGCGAUAUCGCAACAACAACAACAGCAACCGUCCGCACAAGGCUGGCCUGCGCCACUGGGUCAGCAACCCCAGCAGCAACAGCAACAACAGGCGCAGCAUGCUCAGCAUCAGCCAGCCGCAACGGGUGGUGCUAUCGCGGUGGCGUCGACGCUUGCCGGCGCCGGAGGCGGUGCUUCCAGCGCCGCCGCCACCAGCGGCAAUACCCCGGGCGCCCAGCCGUUGCUGACUCUGGGCACCAUCACUCUGCCGCCAAACGUGGACCCCGCCAAGCUCACUAGCAGGGAUCUCCUAGCGCUGCUGAUGCAGCAGAGGGGCGCAGAUGGCGGCCAGCUCGGAGGGGUGCUGGAGGCCUUGGGGCGGAAUGGUCAAGCCGCUGAUCAAGGUGGAGGUGUCGGUGCCGCAAGAGCAGCGCCAGCGCCACCGCCGGCAGCCAGUACCGCGGCUGCCGGCGGUGGCGCUGCUGGUGCUGGAGCACGAGCCCUUGCAGCUGCAGAUGGAGGAGGAGGAGGAGGAGGAGGACAAGUAGCAGCACCAGCUGCAGCUGUUAUAUCAGGUAUUGCAGCGGGAGGUGUGGGGCAGGCGGCAGCAGUGGGGAGUGUCGACCCGGUGGCGGAUGCGACGGCGGCGGCCGCGGCUGCGGCUGCGGGGGCGCUGGGGAGGGGACCCCCGCAGUCCGGCGACCCGCGUUUGCGCCGCUGA